AUGACAGCAGGUCCUGGCCGUCAGUCGAUGUGGCGCCAGAACCUUAUCAAGGACCUCCUAGGAACAUUGAGUACACAUCCGGAAUCGAAGAUUCUGUUUCUUGAUGUGAACAUCCUUGAUUCCUCUGGUAAGGAGCCGUUCGGCGGAGAUGUUUUGAUUGAAGGGGAACGAUUUACAGCGGUGGGUCAAGUAUCAGAUGUAGAACAGCUCAAGUCGCAAGCCGGUGUCAGCGUCUUCGACGGAAAAGGUCGAGCGCUAACGUCAGGUUUGGGAGACGCACACACCCAUUUUACCUGGAACGGCGGUGAUCUCGAGCAAUUGGGAACCUUCGGAGUGGAGGAACAUACACUCCUUACUAUGCGGAGUGCACAAUGUUUUCUCGAUUCUGGCUACACCAUGUGUUUUGGCGCUGCUUCUGCGAAAGAGAGACUCGACGUUAUCAGAGACGCCAUAAAUGCUGGAGAUAUACCUGGUCCUAGAUAUCUGGCUAACGGGAGAGAGAUGACGCGACGGGGAGGUGAGCCCGUCAGAGGAAUCACAGCUUUUGCAGACGGAUCAGAGGAGAUGCGAGAGGUCAUCAAACACCAUGCCCAGCUUGGGGUUGACAACAUCAAAUUGAGCAUGAGUGGGGAAGACGCAAGUGAAACCAUUAUGGAGACACGAUCGGCCCAGGACUGCUACUUCACCGACGAAGAAACCCAGGCAUGCGUGGAGGAAGCCCAUAAACAUGGCAAGCGUCUAUGUUCACACGCCCGUGCCCGUGACUCCGUCAUCAUGUCGGUCAGACAUAGAAUCGAAGCAAUCUACCACGCCUCUUACAUCGACGAUAGAGGCAUGCACAUGCUCGAGCAAGCAAAGGCAAAACAUAUUGUUGCUCCAGCGAUCAACUGGCCGGUGUGCACGUUGAAUGAGGUGGAAUCAUUUGGCUAUCCGAGAGAAGCGGCCGAGAAAGCUGGCUACAAACGCGAACUUGAUAUUGCCAUUGCCGGGCUGCAGGAGAUGCAUCGCCGUGGUAUCGUCAUUUUGCCUAGUGGCGACUAUGGUUUUGCAUGGACACCGCAUGGAACGUAUGCACGGGAUCUCGAGCACUUUGUGAAGCUCCUCGGCUUCACUGAGCAUGAAGCCAUCAUCGCAGCGACUACUGGGGUUACAGCUCUGUUUAUACAAUCGAAUGACCUAAGCAAAGUUCAACUGAGCUACUACGCCGACUGUAUUUUGGUCAAUGGUAAUCCGCUCAAAGAUAUAACCGUCCUACAAGACCACGAUAAGCUGAACGUGAUAUGCAUCAAUGGAGAGGUGCACAAGGCUGGUAAAAGGGAAUAUAUGCAGCUUCCUGUUUCGGGUCAGGAUAACGAUUCGUAUGUCAUCGUGCCAGAUCAAGAAUUCCCAACUAUCAAGAAGAAGAAGAUCGAUUCUAAACUCUAUUGA